AAAUUAAUUAUCAUUUGUUAUCAGCCUUAAAAUAAUUAAUAUUUGUAAACCUAUAAGACAUUCUGUUGAAAUAAAAUGCAAUUUAAAUUUUUAUUAAGAGUCUUUAUGAUGGAAAGUGUGGUUGAAGAAAGUUUAAAGGCGGGAUCCCCGUGGCUCUUUUGGCGCCAAAAACGGUAUGUGUUGGCCCUCUUGGUGUUUUUUGCCAAUGCCAAUAUGUACACCAUGAGGACCAACCUGAGCAUCUCCAUAGUGGCCAUGACUCAGGACAGAAUUAAUUUAAUGGAAAAUGGAACUGUAGAAAAUUUGGGUCCAGAGUUCGCCUGGACUAACAUAGCCCAGGGAUAUCUUCUGAGUAGCUUUUUCUAUGGCUUCAUUUGUACUCCGUUACUCGGAGGUUGGUUAAGUAAAAAAUAUGGAGGGAAAUUUUUGUUUGGAGGCUGCUUAUUGGGGUCCGCCAUUAUUUCUUUGUUAUGCCCUUGGUUGGCCCGAUGGAAUUAUUAUGCCUUUUUAGUUGGUCGGGUGUGUGUCGGUUUAUUAGAGGGUUUGGCACAUUCGAGCAACUAUCGCCUUUGGUCCCACUGGAUUCCCCCUGUGGAAAGAACCAGAAUCGUUUCUCAAGCACUAUCGGGAAAUUAUGUUGGAAAUGUCUUUUCUAUGAUGUUUUUCGGGUUUUUGGUGCAACGCACCGGAUGGGAGAGCUCUUUUUGGUUUUCAGGUGCUCUGGGCAUAAUCUGGUUCAUAUUUUUCUGGUUUCUGGUCUCUGACACACCAGCCACACACCCGAGCAUAUCGAAAACGGAAUUAAAUUACAUCCAGACGUCCAUUAACAGACCGGAAAAUGCCAAGAAUAAUGUACCAGUACCCUGGAAACACAUACUGACCAGCAAAUCGAUCUGGGCCUACAAUAUAGUGGCUUUUUGCGAAACUUGGGGCUAUUUUACGCUGAUGACUUUGCUGCCGAAAUAUUUUAAAGAUGUAUUUAAAAUUGACGUUUUUGAAUCCGGAAUACUGUCGGCUCUGCCCUACAUCUAUAUGUUCUUAAUGAUGUCCGUAUCCGGGAUAACUGCCGAUAUUGUAGUAAGGAAACAUUGGCUUUCCCUAACGAAUACCCGGAAGUGUUUUAUUGCGGUCGGAUUUAUUGCUCAAGCAGUUUUUAUGAUGGUCGCGGCGAAUUGGGGCACUCUUACAGGAACUGUAGUUUUUCUAGUUUUGGCCGUUGGCACUAACGCUUUCGCUAUGUCUAAUAUAUGUGCUCAACCCUUGGAUAUCGCCCCAAAUAACGCGAGUAUAAUCAUGGGAUUGUGUCAGACCGUAACGACCCUCACUGGGAUUUUAAGUCCCACUAUAGCCGGUUAUAUUGUGUCCACUGAAGAUCCUAGACCGGAAGAAUGGAACAUGAUGUUUUAUAUAGCAUCGGGAACGUACUUUAUUGGACUAAUCGUUUUCUUUAUAUUUGGAAAAGCAGAUAGAGAAAAAUGGGAUUCGAUGGGAGAAGAAGAUGCUUCAUCAUCUAUUACGAAAAUUGCCUAAAUAAAUUGUCUCUAUAGAAUAGUUUUUGAAUAUAGAUCGUUUCUUUGAUAAAUACAAUAAUAACAUCGUGUUUUUCAUUAAUUUUGAACCAUUUUCAAGACUCUUGCUAGAAAGAAAAACAUGU